GUUGGCUGCACAUCCUCUCCAGAACCAGCUCCAGAUAUUAUUAAUUCUGCUAUUUUUCAAACGAAUUCCAAUGACUUCUGUGGAAUCGGGGAAUUCGUUUCAAGCUAUUGGUGAUUUCUUGGGUCUUGGCGAAGCUGAAAUUGGGGAACUAAAUCAAUUGAAAACGUCGUCUACUUUAAUUCAGGCUCUUACUAAUAAAGCCGAAGAAUUUGUGAAAUUAAAGAAUGAAUUGCUUUUACAUGAAGUUAAUGAGGAACAUAAAUAUGUUAAUCUGAAUCAGACAAUCGCGAACUUGACGUCUAAUGUCCAGCUCUUGGAAUCUUCGACCGAAGAACAACGUCAACGUAACCAGGAACUGACAAACGAACGCGACACGUUCAAGGAACAACUAGACGUGGAACGGGAAACAACAUCGAAACUUACAGAUGAAGUAAAAUUAUCUCAAAACGUAAUCAAUCAAAAGGUUCAAUCGCUGCAAGUUUUGGAAUUACGCGAAAAAGAACUAUGUCAACAAAAAUCUUCACUCGAAAAAGAACUGCAGGCUAGUCAUCUUCAUGAGGAAGAAUUGCAAACCCUUCUCCAGGAGGUUCGUGAACAAAACCAGCAAAGUGUUUUUGAGCGAGGCCAAUUAAGUGUUCAAAAUGAAACACUUAUAGAAGAGAAAAACUUGCUUCAAAAGCAACUGGAUGAAAGGCAAGAGCAACUCGAGCAUCUGAAAAAUACGUAUCAAAAUCAAUUGACUACUCUGACUAAUGAGCGGAGGCAAAUGGAAAAUGAGUUGACGAAGUUACGCGAAAAGGUCUCUGCCAACAAAGAUGGGGUUUCUAAUGAGCAACAAUUUUCGGAGGACAGUGCUAUGGCAGUUGAUUCUGAUCAAGUCGCUUCGCUCCGCGAAGAAAUUGCUAUGCAAAAAGAAUUAGCAACGCUUUGGGAAAACAAAGCCAAUGAUUUGGAAACACAGUUAAAUUCUCUUCUCAAUGAGAACAAGCAAUUAACCGAAGCCGUUUUAAAUAUCAAGGCUGAAAAAGAAGAGCUCAAUCAAAAGCGUUUACGUGAAGUUCACGCAAUCGAAUUAUCUUGUAAAGAAGUGCAAGCGAAACUUGAUGAGGCUAACGCAACACUUAAGGCUCCUAAUAACGACGCAUCAGAACGUCUUAAUAUAUCGCCUGUACUUAAACAAUUGGAGGAGGAUAACAAUAUAUCCCUGACAAAAGUCUUCUCCGAAAAUGUGCAGCUGAAGGAACGCGUAGAAACUCUUCAGCGUCGAUUAAAACGUGUCAGUGACCGGUUUAGUGGUUUUCAACAACAGUUGAGAUUGAGACUUCCAACACUCAAGCAAAACAAUGAGGUACUCCUACAAAAUCAGUUAUAUAUGAACAAACUGAGUGAACAGCUUCGAAAAAGUAAAGAGACUGAGUCACGCUGCAAGGCAGAAAUUAAGCAAUUGCAAGGCCAGCUUUCCGAGUCUUCUAUUAUUUUGCAGUCGGCCAAUGAACAAUGUACAUUAUUUGCACGCCAAGUAAAGUGUCUGCUAUUACUCAACGGUCAAACUGAAAAGGUUUGGGAAACGGUUUUCUCCGACGAUAAUGUUCCAAAGCUCGAGGCUUUCAUGUCAAAAGGUUCUGAUUCCUCCUUACAAUCCUUGCUCGUUCAAUUCCCGGAAUUACAAUCAGCGGACGCUUUGUCUUCAAAGGUUGUCCAAUUACAAAAAGAGGUCUCCGAUUCUGAAACACGUUUGUCCAUUAAAUUGGCUGAAGAACGUACAAAGUUGGAACAAGCUGUUGAGGUUGCGUCCAUUAAUUGGGAAAAAGAUAAACGUCAAAUGGAAAGUGAUUUGAAUUGGUUAAAGCUGCACAAUGAAUCUUUAAUUAAAGAACGUGAAAUGUACAAAGAAAUGUUUUCUGAAGCAAUUCAAAAAAUUUCAGUUUCCUGUGAUUCGUCUAACUUGGAUGAGAAUGAAAAUCUUAAAGAGUCAAUAAAGAACCUGAAGGACAAUUUGGAGAUUUAUCAGAAGGAAAUGGAAUCUAAUAACGCCUCUUUAACGGAGCAAAACAAGAAUCUUGUUCAGGACAAAAUGAAUUUAGUACGCGAUCUGACAAAACUCAAAUUACGCAACCGAACAACAAUUGAACGUUUUAAUCUUCUUAAUAAACGUUUUGCGGAUCUGCAUUCAACACUAGAACAACUUCAAAAAGUCAAUGUCAGUCAGCAAAAUGUAAUUGCAGGUCAGGAUAAGCAGCACUAUUUACUAGAGGAGCAGAUUGUUAAUGUGAACUCUCUUGCGAAGCGUAUGACCCAAGAAGUUGAGAGUUUAAAGGCCGAAAAAUCAAUCUGGCUUAAGGCAAAGGAGCGACUAUCGUCUGACACAACUCGACUUCUGGAAGAUAGAGAAAGAUUGACAAAGCUUGUUUCAAAUCUCCAAUCGCUGCUUUCCGAACAGCAACGCUCAUCAAAUGAAUACAAACGUUUGGAUAAUGCUCAAAUUAAAAACCUUCAGAGUAUUACUGAAGCUACAAAGACGGAACUUGUGACCGUAAACAAGGAGUAUGUGGAGUAUAAAGCGGAAUCUCAAGCUAGCAUUGCAACUCUUCGCAAAGAUUUAGAAACUACUUCGGAAGAACUGGAGAAAAUGCGACAAGAGAAGACCUCACUAACAAGUGAAGUUAAUGAAUUGAAAGCCCUAAACACGAAGUUUAAUCAGUUGAUUGACAUAGAGAAAGGACGUUAUGCGGCUAUACAGUCGCGUCUACAGAAACACAAGGCUACCAAUUCUACCGAAAGGGAGAAACAUUUGGAAGCAGAAAUCGAACAGCUGAAGUCUUCUGUUGCAGAACUUGAACGAAAACACACACUGGCUGAGAAGAGCUGUAUUGAAUAUCGAAAAAUCAGCGAAGCUGCUGAAAGGGCGCUGAAAAAGACCACAGACGAGCUUAAGGCACUUGAAACAAACUCUGCCGAAGAAAAAGAAACUCUUCGAAAGGAGAAGGCAGCCCUACAAGAAAGAUGUACCUUGCUCCAGGAAGAACUCUCUAACAAUAUUAACGACUAUCUCGGAAAGAGUAAAGAAUUUGAGACUAAACUUUCAAUCUAUAUUAAGGAAAACACAGAUCUGUCUGGCGAACUUGACACGUUGAAAGCAACCCGGCAAGAGUUAGCUGUUAAAUGCACUGAGCUUGAAAAGGAAAUUACGCGGCAAACAGAACAAGCAGAGUCAGCCAGAGAAGCUUAUGAAAAAGAACUUCUUCGACAUGCCAGUGUUACAUCCUCGUUGCAAAUUAUGCGAACCGAUUACAAUCGUUUGAACAACAAGCUUGUUGAGUUGAAUAACGAGAAUAACGCUUUGCGGACUAAACUUGCGGAUGCAACAUCUGAAUCCGAAUCUACUCUUGGAACAAAAGAAACCCAAACUCUUAAUAGCUCCGUAUCCAACACUGAGGAAACGGUUACAAGAUUUGACAUUUCAGCUCUCGAGUCUCUUUCAAUUGAGGAGCUGCAUGCUCAAUUGAAACGUGCUGCACGGGAAGUUAACAUUCUUUUGGUUCAGAAGAAGCUUUUGCUGAACAAAAAUACUCAACUCACCAACGAGUUACAUCACUUGCAAACUCGUCAACAUAAGAUAUUGGAAAGUAAUAGUGAAGGUUUAUCUUCAUCAACUAGCGUCAACCAAGUUCGCGAAUAUACACUUCUUCAAGAAAGCAAUUCAGCACUGCGGGAACAAGACAGGAAAAAAACCGAAACCAUAUCUGAUUUGCGCAAUCAAAUUAUGGAUUUGACACAGCAAUUGCAUCAAAUGAAGCAAAGCGAACAACAAUGUAGAACUGAUCUUGACGAAAAGUGCAAAGCGAUUGAGCAAUUGAAUACGGAAAUCACUGCUCUACAAAAUCGAAACUUGGAAAUUCUGAAAAAGGUGAACUCUCUCCCAUCAUCUCAGUCGGAGCAGCUGUCUCAAAGUAUUGCAGAAAAGGAGAUUGCAUUAAAAGAACUCCAAAAUAAGAUUACGUCGUUGAACGAGGAUUUACAAAACAGUAUCAAUGAAGUCUCUAAUCUCAAAAAGCAAAAUGAGGAAGCACAAUCCUCUAUCGAGCAGUUGACUGCGCGCAAUACGAAUUUGGCCUCAGCAUGGAAAUCCAAAUACGAUCAAAUCGUUGCUAAAAGUUUGGAGAAGGUUGGCCAAAUAAGACAACAGCUGUCUCUCAAAAAUUCUGAACUCGAGUCCAGGGUUUCAGAAUGUCAAGCACUUCACAAAGAAUUGGAACGUUUGAAGUCAGCUUCUGGAGAAUCUGUUCCUGAAGAGUCGGUUUCUGCGAAUAAAGAAAAGCUGCAAGAACUGGAAAACACAUGCUCCUUGUUGAGCGAACAACUGGAAGCUUCCAAUAAGGAGUUGGAAAGUAAAAAAGAGGAAUUGGAGAAAGCGAAUGUUAAACUUGCAGAGCUUACUGCAUCAAAGUCCAAUGAUUCUUCCUCGUCGAAUGAAGAUGAACUGGAGAAGAUUAGACAACAAAUUGGUGAGCUUCGUGACCAAUUAUCUAAAGAAACAGAAACGAAAGAAUUUCUGGAAGGCCAAUGCAGUCAAUUGCAAGGUCAAUUGGAGGCACUGAAAACUUCGGCAGAGCAAUUGUCUGCCAAUGAUUCUGUAACAGAAAUUAGCAACGUGGAAACCAAGUUGGACGAGAUGAUCGUGAACACGAUCUGCGAUAUAUUACAAAAAGAACUUGGUACAACUGUGCCCGCCGAAAUUAGAGGCGACAAGGACACUUUUGCUAACUUUUUGGAAACCGAAUUCUCUAAAUAUAAAACAAAACUUGCUGAAGAAACUCAGACUUCGUUAAAAGAAGCUCAUGAACAGCAAGUGACAAGCAUGAAGAAAGAGUUUGAGAUGCGCAACAAAUUAAAGGUAAACAUGCUUGAAAAGAAAUUGCAGCGUCUGACGCAACAACUUGAACAGGCCAAAUCCACAUCCUCUCCAACUGGAGAAAAUAAAGCUCAAACUGUUGUUGCGCAGUCUUCUUCAGCUUCUGAGCACUCCUCAGAAAGCAAACCUAAACAGAAGAAGCGUGGACUUCCAAAAGACAGCAAAGCCAAUGAACAAAAGGCGAAAAAGUCUAAGGACUAAUCACCGAGAUUUAUUUUGAAUAGAUGAAUUUAUGAUUUUUUGAAGUACUACUUAGCUUAAUGCGAACAUGUAUUGAUAGCAUAAAAAACUCUGGAACUGCACAUAAUAUUGCUUUAAUUACACCUAACUAUGAAUUCUGCUUUUGUAUGUUUCACCA